AUGAAUGAUCCACUGGAAUAAAGCACAUGGUAAUGCAAAUGCAUCCUCACUUCCAGUCGGUUUAUUCCCCUUCAUCCCUCCCAUUGUCAAACCAAAGUAACGCUUGCCAGAGACCCAUUUCUCUCUCGCGCCUCCGAUUUCCUUUCUCUUCAAAACCCUAAAAAAGACUUCCGUAUAACUUCGAUCGCAGUUUAAACCUUGAAAAACCAAUUGUUUAGUUCCAAUCAAACAAAAUUUCCCAUCAAUUUUAUGCACAAACAUUGAUACAUAUGCGUAUGAUCAUUUGAUAUACGUAUAUCUAUCUGUAUUCUCCCUGGGUUUCCGUGAUCAUCGCCUGAAACCCUCAAAUUUAUUGUGUAGUUUUUGUUUUUGUUUUUGUUUUUGUUUUGAGGCAUGUCGAAUUUCGGUCGGAGACGUGUUCGGGAGAACAGAUUGUAUUCUCCACCGGCGUUGAGAAGCAACAAUCAGCCGCCGGAAUUCAAUCAACUGCAGAGGCAAGUAACGCCCAACCGCCAGCAGCAAGAAAAACAGGAGCAACCGGAGUCUUUGGUGGAUAGUAACAGUAGGCGCAAUGCUGCUAUUACUAAUUUGGAUCGGUUCAUGAAGCACACUAUUCCGAUUGUUACUGCUCAGCAUUUCCCUAAGAGUAUGACGAAGGGUUGGAAGGAUCAUGAACGUGACCAGCCAUACUUUGUGCUCGGUGAUCUUUGGGAAUCCUUCAGGGAAUGGAGUGCAUAUGGAGCUGGAGUUCCUCUUAUACUGAAUGAAAGCGAUUAUGUUGUGCAAUACUAUGCUCCAUUUCUGUCUGCAAUUCAACUCUAUGUCGACCCAUCGGCACCUGUGAUGAACGUGAGGAGGGCUGGUGACGGAAGUGAUUCCGACUCCUCCAGGGCUAAUAGUAGUGACGGGAGCUAUGAAGCUGGAGCAGGCGGUCAUGAACCAGAAAAUACCGUUCAUUCUGUUGCUCAAAGCUUCAAUAAGUUCGUGCUCGAUGAAGGCGAAACUGGAAACCCUAAAGGGAUUCCGGUUUACGAAUACUUUGAGCACGACUUACCAUUUCAGCGUGCUCCUUUGGCUGAUCAGGUAUUGGAACUUGCAUCCAAGUUUCCAGCGCUGAGAACUUAUCGGAGCUGUGAUCUGACUCAAUUGAGCUGGUUUUCUGUAGCCUGGUAUCCCAUAUACCGAAUUCCGGUUGGUCCUUCUCUUCAGAACGUGGAUAGCUGUUUCUUGACCUUCCAUUCUCUGUCAACUCCGUUAAGAGGUACAGAUGGAGAUAGUUCACUUAUUGGUGGGUCGAGGAUUAGGGAGGUUCGUGAUGGCAGAAUGGCUUGCUGUCUGGCAUUGCCGACGUUUGGAAUGGCUGUUUACAAGUUCAAGAGCUCUGACUGGAUUGGAGGCGCGGUUCAUGGUAUUGAAAAGGACGAGGGUGCAAGAUCUGCCGACUUGGGGACAGUACGUCUUCCUUUCUUGAAAUGGAACUUUCAUAGAAACAUAAACCUUGUUAAUGAUGUAAAAUCAUGUUCCGACUAUGAUAAUCUUGUGAGAAAUGGAUUGAUAUACUUAUGGUCGUUCGAAGUUGGAUUCUUUCAUCCUGAACUCUUAGCUCCUCCCUUGUGUGUGACACCACCACAAAGGAAGUGGCCUUCUCCCGUUUCUCCGAUUUCCACUGGUAGUUCAACCUACGUUGACAACGCCCGUUUCAUAGCCAAAAAUAUAUGUGGCCAUGAAAGGGGAAGGAAAGUUGAUAUGCCAAUAUGCGUCUAUUAUUGA